CAGCACACUGCCAUCUCUUCGGUAUCUGGAGGAGGUUUGGUUGUCGUGAUUUUAGCUGUUAAAAGAUCCUUAGCAAAUUUAUUGUACAUUUUUAGAUGCAUUAGUAGAUGUUUGCCAUGUAUAAUAGCUACAAUGAAGCUGAGAAGACCGUAUUUGUGGGAAACUUAGACAGCUCAGUAAGAGAGGAAAUUCUGUUCGAGCUUUUUUUGCAGGCUGGGCCUUUGACAAAAGUCACCAUUGCUAAAGACAAGGAUGGGAGGCAGAGAUCCUAUGGUUUUGUGUGUUACAAACACAGAGAGGCGGUGCCAUAUGCCAUUGCACUUCUCAAUGGGAUCUGUUUGUAUGGACGACCAAUCAAGCUUCAGUACAGACUCGGGAGCUCCCACAAUGCUGAAGCACAUGCUGUUUUCCCAGUGUUGGAAAACGGUCCUGGUAAGCCUUCACAAGAGAGCUACAGGACUGUUUGUUGUCAGAAGGCUUCUGUGUUUCCCAGUUCAGCAGUCAGCACCUGUUUAUCGCAAGAGAAUCUCUGCUGGCAAAAUCCGAUGUUUUGUUCUCCAAUCCAACCAUAUUCCAUGGAUGCCCAGAUUGCCCAACAGCAGUCUUAUCUUCCUGAUGCCUUCUCCCAGCAGUCUAGAAUGACCUCCCUGUCCUGGUUUGUGCAGAGCUGCCCAGCUAGUUCCAGCUUUGUCCAAUGGACACAUGCACAACAGGACCAGCAAGACCAGCUCUCAGAAUUUCUGUCUUACAGCUGGGUCCGUGAGGGGCAGGUAGUAGACACAUGGGACACAGACCAAAAGGAGAGAAGAACCAAGAAGACACAGGAUGGUAAACAAGAAUUCAGGAAGCAUAAGAGCAAACAUAAAAUAUGAGAGUCAUUGAAGCCGGUGUUUCCUUCUGCACUUAAAGCACUCAUUAUACAGUAUAUACUGUAUGUACAGUAAUUCACACACAGUGUCAUUAGAAGGGAUUCAUUAACAGCUCAAAGCAGAAAAAAGAUUUAAGAAAAACUCAGUGACACUUGCAAAACAUCUUGAAGUCUUAAUUUAUGUAUUCUGUUUUUUCUUCUUGUGAAUAACUGCUACUGCUUAACUGCUACAAGUAUUUUGUAUGAAUAGUUUCCCACUCAGAAUGAACACAACAAAAAAGUCUUAGAUAUUGCUUUGGAUGUUGCCCUCUGGUUCUCGUUUAUUUUUGUACAAUGCAGGCAGUGUAUUAAAGGAAAGAUAUUUUAAUUUUUUUUUUAGAAUUUUAAUG